GCUCAACUUCUGGAACCUUCGACCCAAAAACUGGUCAAUUGACUCUGCGCCCGGAGCUGCUGUGAAACCGAGCUGUCUGCGACCUCAAUCCCUUCACAUACCAAACCAUCCGGACAUCAGCAGCACAACAUCGAGUUCAGCCUCAGGUCGGUCAUCGACGCGAUUCUUCCAUCUGAAAGUUUAGCUCAGUCACCAUGUCCAAGCAUCAUCCGGAUUUGAUUCAAUGUCGAAAACAGCCAGGGAUCGCGAUCGCUCGAAUGUGCGAGAAAUGUGAUGGAAAAUGUCCCAUUUGCGAUUCGUAUGUUCGACCACAAACCUUGGUUAGAAUAUGCGAUGAGUGUAACUUUGGCACUUACGGCGGAAGAUGUAUCAUCUGCGGUAGCCCUGGCAUAAGUGAUGCUUACUAUUGUACCGAGUGCACAAGGCUGGAAAAGGAUAGGGACGGAUGUCCUAAGAUCGUCAAUCUGGGUGCUAGUCGGACGGAUCUUUUCUACGAGAGAAAACGAUUGGGAUUCCAAAAAGGAUAACUUUGAUACUCUCACUUUUGUGACUCACCGAUUAUAUGAGCUUAUCUCCGUCCGCACUUCUCUCAAGAUGUUUAGAGCCCCGGCUCCCUUGUUUUUAGCCUGAUGCACUUCGAUGAUCGAUUUCACAACGCAGUCUGUAUCAAUAUUUCUGCUUGAAUAAUGCACCAAUCCUCCUCAUAGAUCAAGAUUUGCCGUAUUUGUAAAGCUCUAUCGUUGAAGACAUCGGUAACUUU